CAGCUAAGAAACCACCCACCCUCCCACCCACCAAGGGAAGAAGACAAAACAUAUAUAAGAGUAAAGAUGACCGACGAGAAGAAGCGCACCAUGUACCGCUACAUCCCCGCCGUCCACCCCUUCCAGCUCCUCUGCACCAUCCUCCUCACCUUCUUCCUCCUAGUCGGCGUCAUCGCCCUCAUCGUCUACCUCAUCUACCGCCCCUCGAAGCCCCAUUUCGCCGUCGUCGGCGCCACCAUCUUCCAGCUCUCCAACUCCUCCACCCAGCCCAACGUCCUCUCCACCGGCAUGCAGUUCACCCUCGUCAGCCGCAACCCGAACGAGCGCUCCUCCAUCCUCUACGACCACCUCUCCGCCUACGUCUCCUACCGCAACCAGCCCAUCACUCCGCCUGCCAGCCUCCCCCCACUGCUUCAGGACCGUGCCAGCUCCGUCGCCAUGUCCCCGGUGCUCGGCGGUGACUUCGUCCCCGUCUCAGGGGACGUCGCCUCCGGCCUUCUCACCGACCAGGCCUACGGCGUCGUCAACCUCCGCGUCGUGCUCAUGGGAAGGCUCAGGUACAAGUCAGGACCGUUCAGGAGCGGCUGGUACAACUUUUACGUGCGCUGCGAAAUGCUCGUCGGAAUUCGCAAGGGGGUCACCGGUCCGGUGCCGCUGCUUGGCGAGCCCCAGUGCGACGUCGAUUCUUAGAUAUACUAAUUACUAGCUACCUCUCUUUGGUGCAAUUAAUCCAGCUUCCGGUCUUCAAUGUGAAAAAUGUACGUCUCCUUAUAAUUUUUCUUUCUUUUCUUUGUUUGUCGUCGAAUAAAGAAGCAUAAAUGGGUAUCGAGAGUAAUGUAUAUGCGUGUGUAUAAGUUAUUAUGAAGUUGGAUAAUAAAGAGAUGAAGGGAUCGAUCUUCUCCGGUUCUUGGGAAGA